CGAGAUUUGGCAAGGGCGUCACGAACAAGAACUUGAGUCAGCUGAUCAUCGAGUUGUCAAAAAAUUUUGUGGGCGCAUGUUAUUUACAUUCAAUCGUCAUUCUGCAUCAUCAUCAAUGUGGACAACGACGAAAUGGAUAGUCCUAGAUUAAUUAGGAUUGCUGAUUUAGUGCAACUCGUGAAUAUUACUUUGUAAUCAGACUACGUAUGAUAUUCACUUGAAUUUCUACGGAAAUGGGAAUGCUCAGCAACAUCUUGCCAAGUACCUGUCUACUCUACACUUACUUAUGGAUCUGUUUCUUUUGCUGUGUUCAUGCAAGACCCUCUGAAAAUUUGAGCUCAGAUACUCAAAGUGAAAAUGGAGCUCGUUUAGGGUUAGGAGUGUGGGUGGCUGCAGCUGCUGGGUUUGUUUGUGUCUCUGUGAGCCUGGCUGUGUGUGUUUGCUGCAGAAAACCAAAAGGUUUUGCAGAAUUUAGAAGCUCAACUCAGUUGGCAGAGAUUUCUUCAGCUCAACCAGCAGAAGUUACCUUGUUUCCACCACCUUCCUUAUUGUUGAACCGUGAAGACCUUGAAGUGAGCUUUGAACCACUGCCGAGGCCACAGCAUCAAGCUGUUAAUACAUAUCGACCAAAGGAAGUUACCGAGUGGAUAGAAAAUGGCCAUGGCUUGUUUCCUAGGUGUAACAUCCAAUAUUUACGAGAAGUCGGCCGUGGUUGGUUUGGACAGGUUGUAGAAGCAGAGGUUAAAGAUCUUAUAGCAAAUCAAGUAACUUCUCGUUGUGUCGUAAAAAUACUGCGACCCGAAGCCUCUGUCUCGCAGCAUUCUAUGUUUUUGAAGGAUGUUCAGCCUUUGUUGAAACUCGAUCAUCCUCAUGUGAUGAAACUCUAUGGGUGUUGUCUCGAGACAUCUCCUUUCCUCGUUCUCUUGCAGCAUUGUGCCAAUGGAGAUCUGAAACAAUUUCUUGCGGCGUAUAGCCCUUCAAAAGGGUCGCAAGGUGUUCCACCCUUACCAGAGAACGUGCUCCUGCGCAUGGCCUGUGAGGCCGCCGAGGGUUUGUCCCAAUGGCAUCAAACCGGGUUUUCCCAUCCCGAUGUGGCGGCCAGGAGUUUCAUGGUGACGGGAGAUAUGAGUGUUGUAAUUGGAGACUACGGCACUCAUACUGUUACAUAUCGAGAGGAAUUUCUCGAUACCGGCCAUCAAUUGGUACCCGUUCGGUGGUGUGCCCCCGAAUGCUUUGACUCACCCGGUGAAAUUAUCCAAACCCAAGCCGGGAACAUUUGGAGCUUUGGUGUCGUCCUGUGGGAGAUUUUAUCUAUAGGUAGUCGACCUUACGCUGCCCUAUCGGACGAACAAGUACUGCAACAAGUAGUCCAGGAAAAGCGGACCAUUUUGAAUCCUCCGAGUUUUACCUAUCAACAAAGUCAGUCCUUGUAUCAGUUGAUGCUCCACUGUUGGGAGGUUGAUGCGCCGUUACGGCCUCGCAUAGAAGUCGUUGCUUCUCAUUUGGCCGCCGCGUGCGCCGGUGUCAACCGUGACGUGGAACUUGAUUUGGAAAGAGCUUUUGACUCACGCUGGAACGCGGCUAAGCCAAGCAAGUCGAGUCUUUCGGAACUGGACGAAGAAUCGCCUUCGGCUAGUUUAAAUAACCUUCACGGUUCGCUGGACAAUCUUGAAGAGCAUGGCAAAGAAAUACUUUCUCCCGGCACCGAUAAAGAGUCCGAGAGCGGUUAUUCGGCGAAAGUUUCAGCCGCUCUACGGAGUUUGGACGAGGCUUUGGCAGCUGCCGAAGACACGGACGAGGAAGAUGAUGAUAAUAUUUUACCUGAACCUAGUUUCGUGUUCGGCGAUCUCCAGACUGACCAAGUCGAAACUGGCCAAGAAACGGAUCAUUCUAGUAACAGUAGCGGGAGUCUUUUUUCAUCGCGGUCGUGGCAGGACAAAGUGGAACGCGGUGAGCUGACAGCUAUGGUUCGUGAUAAAUCUCGUAGCGUCCAGGAUCUUAUGGUCUUGACAGCCGUUGAGCCCAUGAGCGACAUAGAGUUUCUGUCGUUCAAUCAGCCUUCAAAGCCGGAUCAGCCAGAAAAUGUUUCGCAACCGAUGGCGCCUCAAAUAUCCGUGACAUCACCUUCGUUUACUGUUAGGUCACCCAUGAUGGAAUCGGAUGUGCCUCUGUUAGAGAAUGAUUCAAACAACGGGAAAGAUUCCUUGGAUACCGGAACUUACAUGACACGAAACCGCAAUCGAUUGACUUCGACCCCGCGUGAAGACACCGACUUUGAAGCCAUGGAGUCGAGUUUCAGAGAUCGAAGCAAGCCGUCCGAAUACGCUCCUUUCUCACCGGAAAGUUUGGACGCCACUGAUUUCACUCCAAAGGACCAAGGAUCGGCUCUCCGACCGCCAGCAACUAUGAGCUCCUCCACGAGCGUGAUUCUCGGUCCGUCGGACGAUUUAGGUCUCCAUGUGUUUCAAGGAGUAACGUCAACAACCCAGAGUGAGGACGAAGAUCCAUUUGAUGAGCAAGAUGGUGCCGCCGCCGCUGCCACCAAUUCUUUGACGACUGCAGAUCCUGCGCUUCCUGUAGAGCCAGCUCGCCUGGCUGUCAAUUUGGAAGCGUGGAACAAUUUCCUAGAACAGUCCUACCCUCAACAUCAAUCCGAUGCUGAACAUCAUGACGACGAUGUCAGUGAUACGCCUCUUCAGCUCAAGGAUAGCGGAAUCGCAAGACCAAGUUUCAGUACCUCUGUUGAUGUCCUGGGAAGUACAUUAGGAAACGAAGACAGCGUCAAUCGUGAAUGGAUGGAUGAUUUGUCGCUGGUGGCAAGAAUGUGGAAUGAAGAGUUGGCAGCCGCCUUGGCUCUUGAUAAUAGUUUGUUGCAGCAACCCCAUCAGCUCAACGCCUCCCUAACAGAUACCGAUCCAAAUCUGGAAGAUGGGGUUGGCAAUGCUUCCAGUUUAUCGACCGACUUGUCCUACACAUCUCCAUCUAAACGCGAGGAUACGUACUUCUCCUAUGACAAGAUAGACGACGAUAUUCGUGAACAAGAGGAGAGAGCAGUCAGAAGGAAAGAUCUUUCGACCAUCAGAGAAGAACGUGAAAGUGUCAGCUCAAGUGACACACCGAACAACAACGCAGAAACGGGACGUGGAUUGUUGUCGCAACUGCAGCUCAAAAAUCGAAUGCAACGCCAUUUAGAUUUGUCGGGAUCUUCAGACUCGGAUGGCAGCGAAGAUUGUCGUGACGAUGAUGAGGAAGUGCUUGUAGUAGAUUUAGAAAACAAACGCGCCGUUAUGAUGGAAGGGCAAAGUCCAAAACUAAAAGCAGCUAUUGCCUCGCAAAAUUACGAAGAAAUUUUUGUCGUUCGCCCAACUAACGCCCACAGUAUUAUGGAAAACGGGAAAUCUCCUUUAAGUAAUAGGAAAGAUCCACUGCCAUCCAAUGGCGCUUUGGCCAUCGACGAAAGUGAAAAAGACAACGAUGAUGAAGAUGAAGGAGGAGCUCAGGGCGAAGAAGAAGAAGAAGAGGAAGAAGGUGAUGAUGGCGAAAUUGUCAACGACUUUGAAGAUGACGAUGAUGACGACGAAGAAGAAGGUGAUGAAGGUAUUGCUGUGAGUAACUUUAGAUGGCAAGCGUGCUACCCGGCCAAAUUGAACCAAUCGUUUUCGAUGGAAGUUAUCGAAGAAGAAUCGGAAAAUGAAGACCAAGAGGAUGACGAAGAAGAGGCAUUUGUGCCUUCAACUUGGAGGGCUGAUGCAACACCAACUCGUCCAGCAAUUAAAACCCCAGAAAAGAGCUUAGGAAAUUCACCUCGUGAUAACAACGAUAAGAAGAACGUUUCUUUUUCUCAGAAAAAGAAAAAGGAUAUUUAUCAGUACCCUGCUGAAGUGGAGGAAUAUGAUCCACCAGUACGACGGCAAUGGGGGGUACCGACACCUGUCAUACAACAAUCGGAAUCUGCAUACGCUGAUUUUGCAGAUUGGGAUUUUGGUAACACCGACGAAGAUCGUGAGCCUGAAAACGAGAAUUCGAAAGAUCUCGAUGACCAUAAAACAACAUCAGUCAUUCCUCGGCCUCCUAAUCCGUUGACCAGCAACAUGCUUUACCGUUUAAGUGGUAUAGAGAAUGAAUCUGACGAAGAAGAGGACGGCAAAGAACAGAAUGCUGUUCUACUUGAGUUUGAUGCUCGUCCGAACGAAUCUUUGCUUCUCGGCGAUUGGCAGUCGCCGUUCAAUACAAGCGAAUUUCAGCCUAAUCAAUUUUUCCCCAACUGGGACAACCCAGUUUCUACUGUGCGCAAUGAAGAACCAACAGAAAUGUUGGCCAGCAAUGGACAUGAUCAUGUUAUUACUUUCACAGAAAUCAAAGAACCCACUGUUGUUGGUACCUUGCGUCAUACUCUGGAUUCAGGAAGGUUACGUCUGGAUCUGACUCAACCCCGAUUUGAAGAUAGCGAAGCGUGACUGUCUGGUUAUCCUCAGGAUUCUGGCACUCCUGUAUAUAAAGAACCUAUCUUAUUCUUUUAUCCUUAGGUGUCAUAGUAAUUAUACUCUUUAUAUUAAAUGAAAAAAUCUUAAUGCUCAUUAUUGUAUUUGUCCCGUGGUGUGUGUUUACAUGUGCGCCAAUUUGAAAUUACAGGCCAGGAUGAGACAUCUUUCAAGUGAUUAUCCCUCCCUUUUAUGUAGGAUUCAUCCGUCCAAUGUUUAAUUCUUUCCUGUAGGCCCCUUGCAAUUCCUAAUUCCUGAACAGUGAACAUGAUGAACAUAUUAUUCAAUCUAAAUUUAUCGUGUAUAAAGAAAAUCAAUCUUGUCGGAAGAACUGAUAUUAAACCUAUCAUAAUUUAUUCUCUUCCCGAUGACUAUGUGCAUUUGAUUGAUGGUUUGAUUUCCUAAAUUUGAAAUACACUAUGAUCUGAACCUAA